GGCAAGAGGAAGAGGAAGAGGAAGAAGAGUCCACAGUCAGUCAGUCACCCUUAUCCUCUGCCCGCGGCCACUGCCCUUACCAUGGCCGCUGUAUUUCGUCAGCUGUGCCUCCUGGUGCUCACCGAGGCCUGCUACGAUGAGUUCUUCGUUAAAUUCAACUUCCUGGACGUUCCAUGCCUGCGUGCGGCGGUGAGUAAGGGCCUGGGGCUGGCCAUCGUGGGGGGCAGCAUCCUCGUCAAGGUGCCCCAGAUCCUCAAGAUAGUCAAGGCGAAGAGCGGGGAAGGCAUAAGUAUAAUCGGCACCUCCCUCGAGCUCGCUGCCAUCACCUUCAAUGUGGCCUACAACGUUGUCAACCGAUAUCCCUUCAGUGCGUAUGGUGAUGGGGUGUUCCUCCUGCUGCAGACGGCCAUCAUUGGGGCUCUGGUGUUCCUGUAUGGAGGCGCGCCACAAAAGGCAGCACUCUUCUUCCUGACCAUAAUGACCGUGGCGCUCACCCUCAGCUCCGGCCUUGUCCCCAUCAAAUUCCUGUGGGUGCUGCAGGCCUCGAACAUCCCUAUUGUCUUUGCUGGAAAGAUGGUACAAGCCGUCGCCAACUUCAAAAACAGCAGCACCGGGCAGCUCUCAGCAGUGACGGUGAUGAUGCUCUUCCUGGGGUCCAUGGCGCGCAUCUUCACCUCGAUCCAGGAGACAGGCGACCCCAUCAUCAUUUUGACAUACAGUGUUGCCACCUUCGCCAAUGGGGUGUUGAUGGUGCAGGUGCUGUACUAUUGGAAUGCGCCCGCCACCAAGACCAAGAAGGGGAAAGGCGGGAAGUCCAAGAGGGAGUAGAGAGGUUGUUCGGAAGUUUUUUUUUCUAUUUAUCCGAUGAGUGAAAAUAAAUUGUAAUGCCAGAAAGUCACAUUCAUGAGGAUAUCAUAAUAAGACAAGAGGGGGAGAAGGGGAAGUUCAAGAGGGGAAUAGAGAGGUAGAAAAUUAUUGUUGAUUAAUCCGUGGAGUGCAAAAUAUUGUAAUGCUAGAAAUUUGCGCUCGUUAGGAUAUCAUAAAAGACAUAAUAGGGAAAUAGGGGGAAGUCCAAAGUAGAGUAGAGCAUAAGAAAGGCUUUUGUUGACUGACAUGUGGAGUGAAAAAUUGUAAUGCCAGAGAGCAAGAGCAAAAGGGAGUGGUGGGAUAAACAUAAUAGAUAAAUCCAGGUAGACUGAGUGUAGGCACCAUAGAUGGGACUUAUGGAGUAGAUGUUUGUGUUCAACAGGGUAGGUGCCAGAGGAAAGGUUAAUAAAGGAGAGCAAGAAGAAGUAGCAGGGUAAAUACAAUAAACAAAUCCAUAUAGACUGAGUGUAGGUGCCAUAAAUGGGACUUUAGUAUUUCUGACGGUGCUCACCAGUCAAGACACAGUGACCCAACUUUAUGCUUGAGCUCAUUCUUGUUAAAUUUCACUCAGUGUGAUUCUGCCUCAAGGAGAGAGACUGAUGUAGGUUAUUAGGGCUAGUUCAGUCAGUGUGCAAGGCUUGGCGUAAUAGACAGUAGAAAAUAGCUGAAGAAGUCCAGGUGGUUAGUAACUAGAGAGAGAGGUAUUAGUUGAAUGUGUAGAGUAUCUUUUUCUCUCUCUUGUUAAAGCAAUAGAAGGAAGGAAGGAAAGAAUGAAGGAAUGGUUGGAAGAUUUCAAAUAGUUUGGCCUGAUUAUAUUGGAGGAGUUGAUAGCUGGUUGAGUAUUAGUGAAUAGAGCAGUCGUUCCCAACCAAGGGUCUAUGGAAAAAUUUCAAGGGGUCCAUAGAGAUUGUAAUUAUUUUAAAAUUUAUUAUACUGGAAUUAGGAGACAUGCAGCUUGGAAUAAAAUUCAUUAUGCUGUACACAAACCUUAAAACUGACUGCUUAAAUUACUCUACACUAGCUAACGGUACCACAGGUGUCAAACUUGCGCCCCACAUGACAAAUUUUGCUGGCUUAACCUAUUUCAUUAUAAGGGUCCACAGGUGAAAAAGUGACUGGAAAUGGGGAAAUGUGACCAAAAAAGGUUGGGAGCUGCUGGAAUAGAGUUAGUCCAAAGGGGAGGGGAGGGACAUGAGGCAGUCUAAGCAGUAUAAUACAUAUGAGGCAUCCGGAGGAGAAGGGGCGUAAGGGACAGAGCCAUUUUUUUCUAGUUUGCACUGGGAAAGGCACACUUCACAUCCCAGGAAGAACAAGAAACAAGCUGGAGGGGAAAGUGACCUUGUAUUUGAUGUACCGAGGGUUGCUUUUCCCUUGCAACUCCUAUCUUAUUCUUUUCUAGGGCAAACUAAAAAGAAAUUACUGUCUUUUGCGACUUCACCUUCGGAUGCUUCAUGUGUAAGGGGUUAUCUUGUUAUUUACGGGGCCAUUGUUCUUGUUUUAUUGUUAUUUUGUGUGAAUGUGUGCACAAGAUGAUAGCUUUUCUCAACUGUUGCCAGACUCUUUAAGCAGUUCCUAGUUAGUUAGCUAGUUUCCUUUUAUAUUCUCUCUUUAGACUGAUAGACAAGUGCAUUCCAGAGCAUGUCUUUAUCGUGCACUUCUUAUUUGAGCGUAGCGAGAGGUGUGCGUGCGUGCGCUGCAGACAAAACUGUGAAAGACAAUACUUGCUGGUACUGUGUGUGUGUGUGGGAGACCCAAGCCCGGAGGUAAUGAGUAUUUGUUGGGUGAUGCUGUGCUGAAGGGACUGUCAUCGUGCUCACCCACAAAUGCCCAGACCUGUACACAAUUGUUUUAGCUCAGACACAGCAUCUCAUAAUAUGUUUGGUGCUUGUUCCAUGUAGCGCUGUGGGGUGUCAUAUUUUAAAGCUCAAAAGUCAGGGUAAUGUGUCGAGAGAGGUGUUAGCUGUCAAACACUGUCAGUCACCACAUCACUCAUCAUCAUAACUCUGCAUUAUAAGGAAGACUGUCCGCAGCACCAGAUGUAGGGAUGCUUCAGUACAGCAGUCAGCAGCAGCCAGUGUUGGCUUACAGAAUGGCUGGACACACCUGUGUAGUAAGGCAGGUUUUGCAUAAUUAAUAAAUUACCUGUACUGUUGUGUACUACUGAUACAGUGUAUCAGUUCAGAUCAAUUGCUAUGUAAUUUAUCUAUUGUAUAAAAUUGUGAAAUUGAAUUAUAAUAUGUAAAUACAUUGUACCUCUCAGGUAGAUGUGUCACAGCCUAGAUUGAUUCACUAGCUAGCAGUCUCUGAAAAUUGAUCAGUUUUUUAUACAGUGAACAACAAAUAUAUGUUUUUUGUUGACA